AUGGACUCCGGUGCAACAGACAUACCUAGCCAUGCAUGUUUUCCGGCCCAGAUCCAAACACAUAUAAGAAACCAGGGCUCAAACUCGUCGUCGAUGAGCCACGAUGUGAUGGCAAUGGCCGAGCCUAUUCCAUCACCCCGCCGAUGGUCUCCCACCUAUGUACCCCGAAGGCGAAGUAGACAGAUGCCGUCACUAUCAUUUGUACCGUCACCAGUGAUGCCACGCAUAGAGUCGCAUGACUUUUCGACCUCAGCAUCACGGCGCCCCACAGAUCGGGGUCCAGCUUGCAUGUCACCUUUUCGCUCGGUUCGGAGGAUGAAAGAACCAUUUCAAUUAAUGCUUCCGACAUCCCCGGCGUCCCUGGAAGGCCCUCCCCCCAACUUUCCUGAAAAGACAAGGAGGCCGUCAAAAGCGCCGGCGGACCACACAUUACGAACAUGGCGCUCAGACCAAAACCUGACUUGCGGCAGCUUGGAGGCUUUCGGCCUUCUACCCAGCCCGCCUAUAUCAGAAUCACGCCCCGCAAGCACGGGUCCUGAGUUAUCUUACUUUGAUUCACAGUCCUCCGAUGAAUCUGUUCGAUCAAGUGACGGGAGGGAUGAGAAGGAUGAGCCUGGUACUCAACCGGAACGUACCGCCCCCCCAGACUGGAAGAAUCAACCACGAACAGAUGUCAUGAAUGUUCAUGAAGCUCACUCAGAGUUCGUACGCCAGUGUGAGUCUGGCAAUGCACAAGAGUCAAGACCCCAAUCUCCGAAGAAGGCUGCAUCUUCUCAAGCAUCUCCGAAGCCAGAGAGUAGUGAGACAGUUCUUAUUCCCGGGAGCUCACCUAGACCCCAACGUCCUCGGACUGCGACAGUCUCGAGUGAAGCUAGCUGGGUGCCCAGCAACUUCUCAUACUGUGAAAGAUGGCUGCAAGGUGUCCCGGUUGACAAGGUGGAUGACGAAAAAACAUCUACAAAAGAGUUCACCAAUCGGCGGAAGUUCCAGAUUGUUGAGAACGACCCUCCAAUGCCAAAACUGGACAUCAUCCCGGGGGCAAAGGCCCUCGAAGAACCUGUGAGAUUCGUCGUCGCUAGCAAGACAAAACCGAAACUUGUCGAUAUCGCUCGACAAUCAUCACCAUCGCCUCCACUGCUUCCACCGCCAUGCUUGCUGCCAAACACCGUACCGACGACGCCGGAUCAGCGUCAAGAGGAAGUAUCCGCAUUUAGCCCGGACACUCCUCUUGAUAUGUCUGAUAGUGGUUACGGAACUCGCGACUCCGGCUAUUCCUUUGAUAGCUUUGAUGGUAGCAAAGUCGAUGAUGACGACGAUGCCUAUACCGAUCCAGGGUCAUUGACCUCUUCGGACAGUGUCGGAUCAACCGUCAUCUGCGAGAAGCCUGAAUCCGCGCAGGGAGACCGCGAGAUUAGCCCACAACCUGAAAUCAGAUCGGGCAGCGUGAGCCCAAAGGCAUCAUCCCCACCAACAACUCACGCACCAGGACGAAAGUCUCCCAUAUCGGAACAGGAAGAUGAAAAGCCACGGAUAUUGCACCAUGACUGGACGCUGGACGAUCAUGAAUGGACCCUAGAUGAGCUCGACCACUCUGUCAAAGAUUUCCCUCGGCAUAUGCUCCGCCUCGCAUCCCCUGUUAUGGUAUUCCUUCGCAAGAACGACGAGAAGGCCAUCAUUAAGCCCUUCCGCACUAUAUUCCCCGAUGUCACGGAGAACCUCCUCGACGGUCUAUGUGCUGCCCUCCUCGCUAGAAACUACCUCCUUUCUCUAUCAACCACCUGCCGAACCAAGCCGACGCCCUCUCCGCGCAAAGACGCAUACACCAUUGACGGUGUUCCGAAAAAAGCAUACAAUACGCUGGGGAUCCAGCUUCCACCCGGGUCUGCCAGCAAGCCCAAGGACCCCCUUUUCAGCUCUCGCAGCGCGGAGCUCCAGACACACCUCGAACGAAUUGUGGACAACCUCCUAUUCGCCAUCUGCGGCCGAUCAGGCCCUACUUUGAAAUCUGCCGUUGAAGUUCUCGCCCAAGUGCUCGAAACCAAGGCUUCGCAUUGA